AUGUGCCCAGAGAGUGACGCGCAAAAUGCACCCGACGGCACGCUCGCCUGGACGCACAGCACAGAAGAGGGUUUUGUAACAGUUAAAGUGCUAAGUCAUGAGAUAUACACGGGAAAAGCCCAGGUGGUGAUCCACCCAGAAGGAAACGCCAGCGUCGCGGCGGCGCAGGCGGCUGCCGAUGUGGUUCGCCAAGCCUGGGCGCAAGGAGCAAAUGUAGGCGAAGGAGAAUAUACCUCAAGGACAACAGCAAAGCAGUGCCAGCCUCAAACUCAGGCCGAAAAACAACCUGCAAACGAGAAAUCUGUCGAGAAAAGCAGCAAGCUUCGCCUGAAGAAAAAAAACAACGCUUGGUUGUUGGAGCCCCCCGAAGCCGCAACUGAAGCAUUCGCUGAUCCCUUGUCUAGCAACGACACUAGUGGCUUUGGCCGUUUGCCUUUUGUAACUGAAGGCGAGACCGAUGAAGAUACUGAGAGCUCUUCAGACGCCCCUGAAGAACUGUCAGGCUGCGAACGUUCCCUUCUUUCUGCAAAAGAGCUACAACAGAAAGCACUAGAUGCGGCGGAAGCUGCAGCCAAGAAAACUGUUGCGAAUUUUGUUCCAAAGCCGCCAUUCGAAGUCCCUCUCACCCACCUUUGGCCCUACAAUGCACCCCCCUUGCCGCCUCACCCAAUGCCAGAUGAUAGCGCCAGCUGCGGAACAUUGUCAGCCGCCGCAUUGCUUCAGCUUCUUCAACAUAGAUAUAUCCGAGAUGAGAUUUACACCUACGCAGCAAAUGUGCUGCUGGCCGUCAACCCCUACAAGCCACUGCCUCACUUGUACACUGCACAGCAAAUCCUUCUCUACCGGAAUUGGAGGGAGGUUGCCCGAACGUAUCGCCGCAACUUUUCAGAAGAGCAGUGGCACAACAGCAGGGAGAGAGGCCGUCUCACCGACUCCAGCAGCGCCAUUGGCUCCAUUCUCGACAGUCUACCUGGAGUUCUACCCAUUCGCCGGCCCUCCCUCAUCGAAUGUCCUGAUGGUGUUUUGGGCUCCUCUAGUGAUCCUGCAGACAGGAAAAAUGUCAAUCCGUGGACAAUAAACUCCCUCACGUCUGCAGAACAUACUACACAGGCAUACGGGAUGCAGGCCAAAGCGCUCGCUGCAGAACAAGCUUUCAAGCGCAGCACUGCAAGCCGAAACAGGCCGCCACCGCAUCCGUUCGUUGUUGCAGAAGACGCUCUGCGUCGUCUUGUGGGGACACAAACCAGUCAAACUAUUGUGGUUUCGGGGCAAAGCGGAGCCGGAAAAACCGAAACAAGCAAGCAGCUUAUGCUUUUUCUCACCCACGUCUCCACUUCCUCGCAGGAACCAAGCGGGAUUAUCCCUGACAAAGCAGUCGGGAUUAACAGCCAUUGCUCUGCACCCAGAACAGUUGCUGAGCAACGAACUGAAGUUGCUGCACUUCUAAGUGGCGUUCAGACGCAAAACGAAGCAACAGAGCUCCGAAAUCGAAUUGUUUCUUGCAACGCAAUCUUUGAGUCUUUCGGCAACGCUGCCACAAGAAGAAACCAGAACAGUAGCCGAGUUGGGCGACUCACACUUCUGCAUUUCGACAAUGGAGGUCUCUUGAGAGGUGGUAGUUUGAAGACGUACUUGUUGGAGGCUGCGCGGAUUACGGCGCACAAGAAGGGCGACCGAAACUUUCACGUGUUCUACCAGCUAUUGAGAGGUGUGAGCGACGAGCAGCGCGCCUUAAUGGAUUUAAUAGACGAUGAAUGCGCCUACCGCAUGCUGCGGCCACAGGACUUCAGGAAGCUGUUAAAAGAUGUGCAUCCUAGGGCCAAACAGACGGCAUGUCAAGAACAGGAAACAGAGGCUGAUAAUGCAGUACCAAAGACGGUUGACCAGCAAAACUUCGAAUCGCUGAUGAAGGCUUUGAAGCAGGCAGAAUUCGCUUCUGCGGAGACCGAAGAGUUGCUACAUCUGCUAGCGGGACUGCUUCACCUCUCCAAUGCUACUUUCAUCAAAGGCACUGAUGAAAAUCUACAGCUGCAGGACGCAGCAUCAGCAGAUGCGCUCAAGCGUGCAGCAUCGUUGCUUGGUUUCAAAGUGGAAGAGCUUGAAGAAGUUCUGCGGUUCCGCCAUAUAGCUUUGAAAAGCGACAUUCUUGUAAAGCCACGGAAUGAGCAGCAAAGUGCCAGUGUGUGCUGCUCUCUCAUCAAGUUCAUCUACAGUCGACUUUUUGACUACGUUGUGCACCGCUUGAAUAAAAGUGCUGCGCGACACGUGCGAGGAAAGCAGCACCAAAACAAGCAGAAUGAUGCAAAUGCCCUGAAAUCCAUUGGCAUCCUUGACAUCUACGGCUUCGAGUCAUUUGGUUUGGAAAAUGGGUUGGAACAGCUUUGCAUCAACUACGCAAACGAGAAACAGCAACAGCUGUUCGUCCAGCAGGUCAUCGAGGAAGAAGUUGCCCUGUACAUCCGAGAAGGAAUUGCAAACCCUGCAGUGGCAGCUGGACAAAAGUUCAAGUCCCCUCUGCAAAGUGAACAAUCAGAUUCAAAACUCCAAGAACGCAGUCAUCGAAGCGAUCCGAAUAUCUCCUUCAAGGCGAAUCUCCAGCGCACCCUCCUUUCAAGCCUGCCAGACACCUCUGCGCUGCUUAGAGAAUUGCAAGAAGGAGUAUUUAGACGCUUAGAUGACUCAUGCCGACUCUUGGCCCAGGGCCAGGCAAGAGACGACAUUCACUUCUGGAAGGACUUGUUCGCUUACUGUGCCUCAAUGAAAGAGCACUCGCAGCAUCCCGCAGACAAGCACAACUCCCAAAAGACAGACCAGGAAAUACUGACGCCGCGUGACCACCGCAUUCUAUUCUGUCUGAAAGGAACCAACGGGAUGCAAGCAGCAGAAGCUGCUGCCAGCGGGAGGCUUCUGCAACACUUGGAGCAAGCCGACCUUAAUCUUAUUGGCCUUGUGGGAGCUCAACAGCUGGCAUCUGUGGGUGCAGGAGGAAAACUGGGAGGAACCCUCUCAACGGCUGGUAAAGUGCAGGAGAGAGUUUUCGCCGUCAAGCACUUUGCAGGAACAGUUCUGUACGGCACGGAUGGCUGGCUGGAUCUGAACAACGACCGAAUCGAGCACGAACUAGAGCGUCUUGUUGCCAAGUCCGAAAAGUCGCUUCUACGGCGUGCUAUGGAACAGCACGAAGCGAGCCAGAGGCUGGAAGGAAAUUUCGUAGGCACUGCAGGGGGUGGUCAAUUCUCCUCCAUAACGAAGCGUUUUUUGAAGAGUGUGAAGGAUCUGAACCAGGAGCUGCAGGGGCCCCACAUGCAGCUCCAUUUCAUACGAUGUUUCAUCCCGAAUUGCGAGAUGAAACCUGAUGCUUUUGAAAGGAAGAUCGUACUGCAGCAAGUAUGCGAGUUGUUGGUUUAG